AACAUCCUGACUAUAGGUAACCAUUAGGCAAUAUGAUGUACAUAUGCAGAUACAGCUGUCCUCUUGACAGUUGGGUGAACCGUUUGUGAUAAAGUUUCUGGAAUAAAUCACCUUUACCGCAUAUUAACAGAGUAAAAUCAUUGAAGUUGCAAAGAUAUUGACAGAUUCAGCUCAAUGGAUUCUACACGCAGACUUGGGAAAUACAGAGUGGAGCGGGAAGUGCUUGAUGAGCAGAGACUAGAAGAGGUUACGCAGAGAAAAUCAUACUCUGACACUCGCCCUUCUCUAACUAAACACCUUAAAGACUCCUUAAGAUGUACAGCUCCCAAACUGAAACGAAGUGUGGUGAGCAGCUUGCCUGUGUUGUACUGGCUGCCCAAGUACUCAAUCUGGGACUACGGCAUGCCAGACCUCAUUUCUGGCAUCAGUGUGGGCAUAAUGCACCUGCCACAAGGUUUGGCAUAUGCAUUGUUGGCUUCUGUACCUCCUGUAUUUGGGCUGUACUCGUCUCUCUAUCCAGCAUUGAUCUACUUCUUUUUUGGAACAUCACGUCAUAUAUCCAUUGGUACAUUUACGGUGCUCAGCAUCAUGGUGGGUAGUGUGACAGAGAGACUUGCUCCAGAUGCAGAUUUCCUCAUAACAAAUGGGACCAAUGUUUCUGCAGUGGACAUAACUGCCCGGGACGCAUACAGGGUGCAGGUGGCGGCUGCUACCACUGUCCUAGGAGGACUUAUUCAGGUGGUUCUAGGUUUGGUAAAGUUUGGAUUUGUGGGGACAUACUUGUCUGAACCUCUCGUGCGGGCUUACACAACAGCAGCAGCAGCCCAUGCUGUGGUGGCACAAAUCAAGCACAUCUUUGGAGUUUCACCCACACGGUUCAGCGGUCCCUUAUCACUGGUGUAUACUCUGAAGGAUGUUUUAUUGUUGCUGCCAAGAACUCAUCUUCCCACACUGUUGGUCAGUGCUGUGUCCAUGGUGUUUCUUAUUUCAGCCAAGGAGCUCAACUCGUUUCUCAGUCCGAAGCUGCCAGUGCCCAUCCCAGUGGAGCUCAUCACAAUUGUGGCAGGGACAUUCAUAUCAACCUAUACCCACUUGAACAGCAACUACACUAUUUCAGUAGUUGGAGAAAUUCCUAAUGGUCUAAGUUAUCCCAGUGUACCAGAUGCACGUAUUUUUGGAGAAGUUAUUGGUGAAGCUUUUGCAUUGGCCAUGGUUGGAUAUGCCAUAUCUAUUUCACUAGGGAAAACAUUUGCACUGAAACAUGGAUACAAUGUGGACAGUAAUCAGGAGCUGGUGGCGCUGGGUCUCUGUAAUGCAGUGGGAGGCUUCUUCCAGUGCUUCUCUGUCUGCUCCUCCAUGUCUCGAAGUCUCAUCCAAGAGACCACUGGAGGAAAAACACAAAUGGCUGGAGUGGCCUCAGCUCUAAUUGUGUUGGUGACUAUACUGAAACUGGGACCUCUGUUCCAGGAGCUGCCAAAGGCUGUCCUUGCAGCGAUCGUCUUUGUAAAUCUGAAGGGGAUGUUCAAGCAGUACUCUGACAUUGUUACACUGUGGAAACGCAGCAAGAUUGAUCUGGUGGUGUGGUUGGUCACUUGGGUGGCAACCAUGCUGUUCAAUCUGGAUCUGGGUCUUGCAGCAUCAAUCAUCUUUGCUAUGAUGACUGUUAUCUUCAGAACUCAGAUGCCAACAUACUCCGUUCUGGGAAAUGUUCGAGGUACAGAACUGUACGUAGAUAUAGAGACCCACAGAGAGGCGAGAGAGAUUCCAGGUGUUACUAUAUUUCGCUCCUCCGCUACAUUAUAUUUCGCCAAUGCUGAUCUAUACCUUGAGGCUCUGAAAGAAAAGAGUGGGCUCGACAUUAGUAAAAUGAUUAUCUACAAGAGGAGGCAGGAAGCCAAACAGAAACGUAGAGAAAGGAGGGCUGAGAGACGGGCAAAAAGGCAAGCCAAGAAAGAGAGACGGGCACAGAGGGUCGCUCAACAUCUGUCUGGAGCGCCGGUGUUCUCUGUGGAGGAGGAGGCCGGCCGUUGGAGGGAAACAUGCUUGGACGGCAUUGAUAUAGAUGAGGAGGAGCAGGACUGGACUGAGAGGGAGAACGGGACAGUGUUUGUCGUCCCCAUCACCCCUCAAACACCAGACGGCCCCUGCAGAUGGGAGUACCUGAAGGGAGGACAACCAGACUGCACCAGCUUAGGGUGGAUGUCUGAGCUGCAGGACGGGGACACCACCACUCUGGGCUCCAGCAGUGAGGACACGCUGAGCCACGAUCUGGAGCGGGUCUCUCUUGGGUCACUGGGCAAGUGGACUUGGGACAUUCACUCCAUCAUCAUCGACCUCUCCACGGCUAACUUCAUUGACACAGUGGCUAUCAAGGCUAUGAAAAAUAUUUUCAAGGACUUCAGUGAGAUUGACGUAGAUAUCUACAUGGCUGGUUGUCAAGCCACCGUGGUGGAACAAUUGGAGCUUGGUGACUUCUUCUCCGAGUCGAUUACUAAGAGGCAUCUCUUUGCCUCCGUUCAUGACGCUGUGCUCUACUGUCUGGACCAUCGUGGAGCAACAUCAUACUCCAGAUACGGGCCAUCAGUGGACAAUUACAGCAGCACACAGCUUUAACCACUUCAACCAAACAGGACAUCCAGCACUGAAGAUGGAAAAACUAUCUCAACAUUGACUCGGGGCAACAACAAAAACUUUUAUGACAUUUUAUUUGUAAAUGAAUGGAUACUAGAAGAGAUGUUCUGAUACUAUUUUUCCUUGCCGAUACAGAUUACAAUACCAGUGUGUUGAAAAAAUAUAUAUGAAUGAUCAUUUUUUAACAGCUGUAUAUUACCAAGACUCGUGUUGUUGUUCUUGCGUCAAGUAAAUUGCUGAUAUGUGAUCUGAUAACAUGUUAUCAGAUCAGUGCAGAGACUUGUGUACUCGCCGAUACCCUAGCCAGCAUUUUAGACCGUAUCGGAGGCAUUUACAAUACUAGUUUAAAUAUGGGAACAACUCUACAAGAAGAUUGAUGACUUAUAUUUAUAUUUAUAAAUCUUAUCUUUAAAGUAGGAAGACACACAAGUUUAGUUGAACUUUAUUCAAAGUGGGAGAACGAUAGAGUGCAUUUCUAGAGAAAAAGUCAAGUAAUUAAAUAAAAACUCUCAACAAAACCUUUCAAGAAGAAUCUGGUAGAAAAUAAUUCAAGGAACAAAUACAAGACAACAUGCAUCACACGGACAGUGUGAGCCUUUUUUGGUAAUGGCAGCAUUAACAAGGUAGGACAUUGAAAUGUUUGCAGUAGCCAUUUCAAUUUUUAAGUGCAAUUUCUCCUCAUAGCAACAGAAAACAAGAAGACAAACUGUGAAGCUAAUGCAUGCAAAGGGAUUUUUUUUUUGUCUCAACUCUUUUUUUAAUGGGUUUCUAGUGCAACAUUCCUUAAAUGUAAAAUUAUAGGGGAUCAAAAAAGUAUAACAAUAGGGAUGCACCAAUCUGACUUUUCAGUCCCAAUACAGAUACUGAUACUAAUGUUUAAGGUAAUAAGCUGUAUGCUUAAUUGUGUGGAAGAGACUGGGAUAAUUAUUUUAUAGGUAAGGCAACAUCAGGCCUGACUUAAACAUUGCUUUCCUAACUUUGUUAAACAAAAUUUAACGAAUAAAUACAUAGAUAUAAAUGUGCUGAAUUGUUAUUUAUUAAAAUAGGGGUUUCGGAUCAGCCUGUUGUUUAUUCCCGAUCCAGCUAUUUGGGUCAGUAUCAG